AUGGGUAACGUGUUCGGCAAGAGUUACAUAAUAGGAAUGGUGUUUGGUAAGAUCGUCGUGGAGACUCCCAAAUACACGGUGGCUAAAUCCGGCGACGGUUACGAAGUCCGUGAAUAUCCACCGGCGGUUUCGGCUGAGGUCACUUACGAUCCUUCCGAGUUCAAGGGAGACAAAGACGGUGGCUUUCAGGUCUUGGCUAAGUACAUAGGCGUCUUCGGCAAACCAGAGAACCAGAAGAUAGCCAUGACGUCACCUGUGACCUCAACGGAAGGUGAAAAGAUUGCCAUGACGUCACCUGUGAUCACUAAGGAAGGGGAGAAGAUUGCUAUGACGUCACCUGUGAUCACUAAGGAAGGCGAGAAGAUAGCUAUGACGUCACCUGUGAUCACUAAGGAAGGUGAGAAGAUAGCUAUGACGUCACCAGUGAUCACUAAGGAAGGUGAGAAGAUUGCUAUGACGUCACCUGUUGUGACGAAAGGAGGAGGAGGAGGGGAGAAGAAGAAGAAGACGGUGACGAUGCAGUUCUUGUUACCGGAGAUGUACAAGAGGGCAGAGGAUGCGCCGCGGCCGACGGAUGAGAGGGUGGUGAUAAGGGAGGAAGGAGGGAGGAAGUACGGAGUGGUUACGUUCAGUGGAAGUGCGGGAGAGAGUGUGGUGAGUGAGAAGGUGAAGAAGCUGAGGAGUGAUCUCGAGAGAGAUGGGUUUAAGAUUGUUGGAGAGUUUGUCCUCGCUAGGUAUAAUCCGCCGUGGACGUUGCCUCCUUUUAGGACAAACGAAGUAAUGAUCCCUGUUGAAUGA